AUGUGCCUUUACUUUGUCUACAACACCACUAUAAAGGGAUACCCCUCUUCAAAGCUGGCCCAGUCCCCAGCUAAAACGCUCAGCCCCCUCAAUGUGGCAAUGUUACACUACCGAAUUUUACCCACUACCCUAGACUGCGUCUAUUGCCAAAAAUGUGCCUUUACUUUGUCUACAACACCACUAUCAAGGAUAUCCUCUUCAACAGCUAGGCCAGUCAGCCAGCUAAGUGACCUCCUGAGAGUCGUUCUAACGUGGCGGUUCGGAGGAUUUUACUCGGACACCGACACCGUCUGCAUAAAGGACCUUUCUCCUCUUAAGAACGUUGUCGUCACCAGCCACAAGAGGAGGAACCAUAUAUCCAACGGUGUGUUUCAUUUCAAGCACCAUCAUGAGUUCUUAACGAUGGCCAUGUCAACGAUGAUUCGGAUGUACAAUCCAAAACACUGGGGAUCAAUGGGUCCUAAUACGUUUAGCUCUUGCGUUCAGCGGUCUUGCAAUUUAAGGAACCUACGCUACCUGUUUCCCGAGAACAGCUCAGUCCCCGUCACGUGUGGCAAUGUUACCAUCCUACCUGAAUUUUACCUACUACCGUAUGCGUGGUAUGAACAUAGGAACAUUUUAGAACCUGGAAAAUGGGACGAAUUUGUUAAAACCCAUGCGAAGACGUUUACGAUUCACGUGUUUGGCCAAGUUAAUAAAGGAAUGCAGGUGAAAAUUGGAUCCAACAGUAUUUAUGAAGGAGCAGCAAGAACUUUUUGCCCCCUCUUAUACAUCCACGCGAGUGCCAAAAAUUCUUCAUUCUGA